GUUGUGAAAAGUGUUUGUUUACCUCUUCACAAGCAGAAAGUUCUUGCGGCUGCUGUGCCUGUAUCAUUUUAUAAGUAAAGUUAUCAUCAUGUAGGCUGUCCGCAUCGUCCGCAUUUCAUUUUGAUUAAUGGACAUCUACAUUUCGUGUUAAUGUUCGUUCUACUUCAUUUUUAGAAUGGAUAGGAAUUAUGUUUCAUCAGUUGAAGCUGUUUGUUCUUUGUGUUGCAUUCUGUGCAUUUAUUGUGUGUUUAUCUGUCAUUUUCCUCAGUAAUAGUGAUGCAUUUUUCGUGAAAAAUGGGAUUCGCCAACAUUUGGAACAGAUAUACAAACACCAUGACCUAAAAGAAUCCUACUCGCUUCCUUUAAUUAGAUGGAGAGGAGGUCCGGGCAAUAAAGUUGUGGAGAGUGGGAGAAGCUUUCUUGACCAAUCUCCCAAGUAUCCAUUUCUACGCCAGCAAGGACUGCUGCCUGCAAGAAAAUUACCAAAUGCUCUUUUGAUUGGAGUGAAAAAAGGAGGUACUAGAGCUCUUCUCGAGUUCAUAAGACUGCAUCCAGAUGUACGGGCAGCUGGAUCUGAAGUACAUUUUUUUGAUCGUCACUAUGCCAAGGGCUAUGAUUGGUACAGACAAAACAUGCCUCCAACUCUAGAAGGUCAAAUAACUAUGGAAAAAACACCAAGUUACUUUGUGAUGAGGGAAGUUCCUCAAAGAGUAUACCAAAUGAACCCUGCAAUGAAGCUGCUAGUUGUUGUUAGAGAUCCUGUGACUAGAGCCAUUUCAGACUACACACAAGUUGUGAGCAAAAAUGUGUCACUUCCGAAAUUUGAAGACCUUGCAUUUCGGAAUGGGUCUCAGUUUGGAUUAGUUGAUACAACUUGGAUACCUAUUAAAAUUGGAGUCUAUAUAAGGCACUUGGAACGUUGGCUGAAGUACUUCCCUCUGAAGCAAAUUCAUUUUGUAAGUGGUGAAAGACUCAUUGUUGAUCCUGCAGCAGAAAUCAGUAAUGUUCAGGAAUUUUUGGGUCUAAAAGUUAUUAUUUCUGAAAAGCAUUUUUACUUUAAUACUACCAAAGGAUUUCCUUGCUUGAAGAAGUCUGAAGGGCAGUCUAGUCAUCAUUGCCUUGGAAAGACCAAAGGGAGGAGCCAUCCACUUAUUGACAAUGAAGUUAUAGAGAGACUUCGCGAGUUUUAUCGGCCAUUUAAUGCCAGGUUUUAUCAAGUCACUGGUGUUAAUUUUGGGUGGCCUUAGUCUGAGAAACUAAUUCUGUGAUAACAAACCAAGAUACUGGUAGUUCAGGUUUUAAGUUUCUUGCUAACUUUCCAAUCAGUUAAAGUAUAGUUUAUUUGAACCUAGUCAAAUCUCAACACCAAAGGUAACGUGGGUAACAAAAUUUAAUGUACUGAAUAGUUUCUGCUUUUGAUCCUGGUUUUGAAACAAUGUUCUAAGAAGGAGUUUUUUUUUUGUUUUUUUUUUUAAGUAGUUUAUACCAAUUCUUGUGUCCGAAAUAAAUUUUAUUUCUUCUGAGUGA